AUGGAAAAAAUGGAACAAAACGCACAAAAAUUACCAAUAACUGAUCUGGAUGAAUAUAAUUCAUUAUCAUCAUCUAUGAUAUUAGCACAAAAACGACGACACUAUUAUCUUAGACCAAUGAAAUUAUUUAUUAUGUCAUCUAUGGCAACUGAAUUAAUAUUUUUAAUUAUUGGUAUUUGUGUUUUUUCAGGUUUUAGAGAUAUUUUCUAUAAAAUAGUUUGGACAUUAUUUUUUUGUGGUGUUGGAAUGGGUGCAACAAUGGGAACAUUAAUAAAUAUAUUUAUUACUGAUCAAUAUUUCAAUUAUAAAGCAAUAUUUGGUUCUUUAAUAUUGGGUAUAAUUGUUUUUGGUACAUGUAAUAUAUUAUGUUUUAAUUUAGACCAUCAUUUUGAUUAUUGGGGUGCAAUUAAACAUCCAACAUUUUUUCUUUCAAAAGGUUUUGUUGCUGGAAUAUCUGGAAGUUUAAUAAAUGGGUAUUUAUUAUUUAAUGCUAAUGGACAGAAACUUUUAAUUAAAAUGGGAUUCUAA